CAUGGUGGCCUUUGGCGUCAAGCUGGACGCCGUCCCCCAGGACGUGCAUCUGCUCUACCCGGAGCCGCUCCUUUCCCUUUUCCGGCCACGGGGUGUGCCUGGCGCUGAGCGGGUGCAGGCUCUGGGCCACGCUCUUCGUGGACUGCAUGGAGGUGCAGUGACCCUCGGGGCAGGCCUGCAGCUCGAACCUGGUGCCGGCCUCUUCCUGGCACAGGUAGGAGCCCAUGACUUCGACAAGUUCCAGCCAGAGACCCCUUUCUUGUUUAGGGGACGAUCGCAGAGCUGAGGAUCCGCAGGGACCCCCAUGUGACCCCCAGCUCUGCCUGGAGGACGCUGAGGACGACAGUGAUGAGGACGGGGUGAAUACUGGCCCAGCGCCGGACUGAG